UGCAAGUGCAAGUGCAAGUGCAAAGACAGCGAGACAGUAAGACAAGUACCUAAGACAGGCAAGCAGGACCAGCAGGCAGGACAGGUGGUAUAAAUCAGGUACCGCGAGGCUCGAGUUCCACCUGUUCGCAUGACCCCCCCUUUUUCUCUUUUUUAUUCGCUAUUCGUUUUAUUCGGUCCCUUUAAAAUCCACUAAUACACUAAACCAUCCCAUACUAACAUCCAUGAGUUACUAGGCAAGUCAGGGCAGUUUUUACCAGCCUACGUCCCGAUUUUUUUCUGCGACCCGCCUUUUCAUCCCCCACCGCCAAAAGCCAACUGAGGUCCCAAUACUUUAUCAAUAAUAAUACCACCCAUCUCCAGCUCCUCCCCCCCCCCCAGCACUCUGAGCUGGACGCCUUCUGCGACUUCUACACCAUUUUCCUUUAUUCAACCUUUAUGUACGACGACAACGUAAAUUUUUUGCCCAACAUGAACCCCACCGACGAGGAACUCGACCGCGACUGGCAACCCAAUGGCCGCCGACCUCAAUCUACGAUUGCCCGAUCUUUCAGUCAAGAGCUGAUGGAUAUCUUUCGGAUUGAAAACAGCCUUGCCGACCUGGACGAACAAAUUGACAAGCGAAAACAGCAAGUCAACAGUGGCCAGACCGAAUUAGAGGCCCUCGAGGCUAGAAUUAAGGAGAUGGAAGAACGACUGAAGAAGCAGAACCCCCCGGGAGUCGCCGGUAGCGUGAGCCCACGGUCUCAACGGCAAGCCAUUAGCGAUGCGUUCGGCAAGGCGGCAUCUACAGAGAAGGAUCUCGCACAGCAGCAGCAAAGGUCUCGACCAGGAACUGCUAAACAGGUACAGCAAGCACCUGCCCAUGGAGGAGCUAUGCCUCCGACCCCCACAGCCAGCGAAGGUGAAUACGUACUUGUCAAACAUAGCUCCUCUGGUGACGGCGCCGCUUGUUCUCGAACUUUUACUGACUAUGUCUACGUUUCUAAAGAUGGUGGUGACCGCGACAACUAAAUCGGCAUAACUGCGUUUCAACACUUCUUUUUUUGAGCCUGCGCCCCCUUAACCCGGCACGAGUUGAAUUUUUAUCGCUUUUUGGCUUCCAUCAGGUUUCGUAUUCUUCCCAGCGGAGUGUUAAAGGAGACACAUUUGCGUAACCUACGAACUUCCUCCAUCGAACCCCACAGAACCGAACUUGGACAAGAGUUCAGAUCGCCUCAGUUAGAGUAACUUGGAUACGCGUACCCCGGAUGAAACUAAUCCUUGCUCCUCGUUAUGGGAUCCGACCACAAGCGAGCCUUGGACCAUUCGAUUUUUCUCAUCGGCAAACGGGGGCCGAACGAGAACCGCCCAUUUUCCUAGUCUUACGAACCCGAAUUUACAACAACCCUCAAGAUAUCCCCUCGUUUAGAGAAAAGACGCGACGACGUUAUUUUCUUGUCCGUCUGGCGUUGAAGGCGUCCAUCUUCCUUUUCUCGACCAUUUUUCAAUCUUAGGAUC